UCUGUAUUGUGAGCAAUGGUUUUAUGUAAAAAGAUAAAAAAUCGAUUCAAUUCAGUUCUGACAUGCUGUUUUCCGUUAUAUAUAUAUGAUAUAGAUCACCAAUAUCUUCAGUCGUGUCCCUCCUUCUUCCACUACUUUGAGAGUGUGUGCAUUGUGUUGAAUAAGAUAUAUAUAUAUAAAAUGUUACCUUUUUUUUAUUAAACUACGAACAGUUUAACCUUUAAUCAUACGAAUCCGAACCCGAACCCGAACUCUGGAACCGAACCCGAGCCCGAACCCGAACUCUGGGACCGAACCCGAGCCCGAACCCGAACCGUUCGGUCCGAACCCCGAACUAUAGUUCGCGUUCGGUGCAUGCCUAAUCAAAAGUGUAGGAUCAGUAUGUAUAGAUAUGUAGAUUAAAAAAAAUAAAAGAAUCAAAACAACAUAUUUUUAUGAAAUUUUCGUUAGAACAUAUUUUGAAAAUAGUUUUUUUUAUACAUCAUAGCAUCAAAUUAUUCAUGGACAUUGGGCUACAGGCCAAAAGUAUUUUAUCUACCUGGAAAUAAAACUUGUUCGUGUUUAACGAGCAACGCCUGUACGCAUCCACAAGGUUUCUAUUGUGCAUCGAUUUACUGUCACACAGCGAAUCCUCAACCUAACCAAACUGUGCCUGGUAUGGUGAUGAGUUGUUUCCCAUUUAAUUCACUUCUGUUGUCAACACUUGAAUGCCUUUAUGAUCGAUCGUGCAUUCAAAUGUUAUUCGACUGGCGUCUAUUUGAAAUUGCUGAUUUGAUGCAACCAAUCACAUUAAACAUUUCAUCACUUGAUGCUCGCUUGCCAAGUCGCUUUUUACCUAAUACAACCAUGGAGUUCAUCGUCUCAAAUCUGAUGAUUGAUGAUUGGAUCAAUACGACCAAUGUAACAACUCAUUAUAACACAUGUAAUCCACAUAUUUGUACGUAUACCUACACACAUCGCUACAAUAAAUUUCAAGUUAUCUCAGCUAUUGUUGGACUUGCGGGUGGACUAAAUAUCAUACUUAAAAUACUUGCACCAUUCAUCGUGAAAAUCAUUUCGUCACGACUAUUCACACGAAAUACACGUGGAAAUACAGAAUCAAGCCGUGCGAUCGGUAUGUUUAUACUGAUUGUUCAUCCAAAAUACGAUUUUCAUUAG